AGGAUGUGUUAAGGAUGUGGGCUCACUCUGGGCAGCCUUUGAAGGCUUCUAACCUGGCUGCAGUGGGAUAGUAUUUGGUUGUCUCCUGAUGUUUUUCCCCCACAGGUUCUUGAUAUUGAAAUUGUAGCUUUGCCAACACUGAGCAGUUCACUGUACCCACCGCCCAUCUCCCACCCCCGGUGAAUAUAAGACCACAAAUCUCAGGCAGCAAAGCCAGGGCCAGGUAGAGAUGGGAGGCAGCCGCGGGGCCCACCCACUAGCUCCAUGACAUGCCUCCACCUGCCCAGCCCCCAAGACCGCUCAGUUGAGAUGCGCGCCUAAGCAAUACGACAAAUUACUGCGAGUCCAUCCCCAACAUGAGAGAGUGGUGAUGAUGCAGUUUGUCUGGGGAGAGACUCUUCUGAAGGUGGGAUCCCUGGAAGGAGGUAGAGAGAGAAGACUUAAAGGGGGCCUUUGGCAGUGAAAGUGUGGAAACCAGGAGCUUAGAUGAAUUCCUGCACUCCAAACAUUUUAUGAGGGCUCUACUGCAAACACAGCAGAGGUAGAGGUGAAUGUGGGGAUGGGCAAGAUUCAGAGAGCUCGCACUGAAGACUCUGUGGCCUCCUCGGCCUGUUCCCAGGUUCUGAGAGUCUGUGGGUUCAGAUUAGGAUUUCUCAGUGAGAGCUUCAUUUGGAGAGCAGUGGUGUCACACUCUACCAGCCCCUGACUCGCAGUUUCACAGGAGACCCCAUGGGAUGCUCUUCUCUUAUGGGAGCUGCAGGGGCAGGUGGCCUGCUCAGGAGAUACGGAACCCUGGGUGUGAGUCCUCACGCUGCCAAGCUCUGACCACCCCCACCUUGAAGCAGCUUCCAUUUUCUUCUCUGUAAAUUGUGCAAAGUGGAAAUACAUGCUCUCUGAAAUCUAUCGUGGCGCUAACAUUUUACAUCCCAAGCCCCUCCCCUGGCCGGCAGUGGGUGCUCUCGAUGAGGGGUGGGCGGGGCAACAUUAGGGUUUUCCAAGCCCUGGUCCGCAGUCUCUGGGAGACAGUGUCCCACGGGCGAUAGGCUGCUGCCGUGAGCAGCUGUGUAACCACACCCACCUCUGACCUUGCAGGUGCGCCCUUUGUUCCCGGGCACCUCGACCAUCAUGAUCCACGACUUGUGCUUAGCCUUCCCGGCCCCGGCAAAGGCUGACGUUUAUGUCUCGGACAUUCAGGAGCUGUACAUCCGCGUGGUGGACAAGGUGGAGAUUGGGAAGACGGUCAAGGCAUACGUUCGCGUGCUGGACUUCCACAAGAAGCCUUUCCUGGCCAAGUACUUGGCCUUCAUGGACCUGAAGCUCCGGGCAGCCUCCCAGAUCGUCACGCUGGCGGCCCUCGACGAGGCCCCAGACGACUACACCGCCGUGUUUCGCGUCCGCGGCGCGGCCAUUGGCCAGACCAGUCUCACCGCAACCGUGACCGAUAAGGCUGGACAGAGAAUCAACUCAGCCCCACAGCAGAUUGAGGUCUUUCCCCCGUUUAGGUUGAUACCCAGGAAGGUGACGCUGAUUAUCGGGGCCACGAUGCAGAUCACCUCCGAGGGCGGCCCGCAGCCUCAGUCCAACAUCCUCUUCUCCAUCAGCAAUGAGAGCGUGGCGCUGGUGGGCGGCACCGGGCUUGUGCGAGGCCUCUCCGUGGGCCACGGCGCCGUGUCGGGGGUCGUGCAGGCCGUGGACGCCGAGAGCGGCAGGCUCGUCGUCGUGUCACAGGAUCUCGUGGAGGUGGAGGUGUUGCUGCUGCGGGCUGUGAGGAUCCGUGCCCCCAUCACUCGGAUGAGGACGGGGACCCAGAUGCCUGUCUACGUCACCGGGAUCACCAACAACCAGAACCCUUUCUCCUUCGGCAAUGCCGUGCCGGGCCUGACCUUCCACUGGUCCGUCACCAAGCGAGACAUCUUGGACGUCCGGGGGCGGCACCACGAGGCAUCGCUCCGGCUGCCGUCGCAGUACAACUUUGCCAUGAACGUGCACGGCCGGGUGAAGGGCCGCACCGGCCUGAGGGUGGUAGUCAAGGCCCUGGACCCCACAGCCGGGCAGCUGCUGGGCCUCGCCAAAGAGCUCUCUGACGAGAUCCAAAUCCAGGUGUUUGAAAAGCUGCGGCUGCUGAACCCUGAAAUAGAAGCAGAACACGUGUUAAUGUCGCCCAACUCAUUUGUCAAGCUCCAGACAAACAGGGAUGGUGCCGCCUCUCUGAGCUAUCAUGUCCUGGACGGGCCUGAGAAGGUUCCCAUCGUGCACGUUGACGAGAAAGGCUUCCUGGUGUCGGGGUCCAUGAUCGGGACAUCCAUGGUCGAAGUGACUGCCCAAGAGGCUUUUGGGACCAACCAGACCGUCAUCGUGGCUGUCAAGGUGUCCCCUGUUUCCUACCUGAGGAUCUCCAUGAGCCCCGCCCUGCACACCCAGAACAAGGAGGCUCUGGCGGCCCUGCCCCUGGGAGUGACCGUGACUUUCACCGUCCACUUCCACGACAACUCCGGAGACGUCUUCCACGCUCACAACUCUGUCCUCAACUUUGCAACUAACAGGGACGAGUUCGUGCAGAUCGGGAAGGGCGCCGCCAACAACACCUGCGUGGUCCGCGCGGUCAGCGUGGGCCUGACACUGCUCAGAGCGUGGGACGCGGCGCACGGCGGCCUCUCUGACUUCGUCCCGCUGCCUGUCCUGCAGGCCAUCUCCCCCGAGCUGUCCGGAGCAGUGGUGGUGGGGGACGUCCUCUGUCUGGCCACGGUUCUGGUCAGCCUGGAAGGCAUCCCCGGGACCUGGAGCUCGUCAGCCCGCAGCAUCCUCCACGUCGACCCCAAGACGGGCGUGGCCGUGGCCCGGGAAGCGGGAGCUGUGACCGUUUACUACGAGCUCGCCGGGCACCUGAAGACCUACAAGGAGAUAGUGGUCAGCGCCCCUCAGAGGAUCGUGGCCCGGUACGCCCGCCCCGUCCAGACCAGCUACCAGGAGAUCGCGGCCUCCAAAGUGAUGGUCACCGUGGGAGACCGGAACUCUAACCUGAGAGGUAAGGAGCGAGGGGUCAGGUGUCCCGCGGGGGCCCUGCCAGGCUAGGGGCCUCGGGCCCUUCUGAUAGGGAUUUGCUGCUUUUCCUACGCAAACUCGCUGACUCCAAGGAGGGCAUUUAACCCCCGCUGGCCCACCCCUUCCAGCUGUUUAGAAAUUCGAGUCCUCCACAGGCAGAAGCAGUGAAGGCAUCUUCCUGAAAGCCCAGCGCCGCGAAGCUGCCUGUUUCUGGGCUGGAGAUGCCACGUCAGCCCGCGGGCACCCAAGUAGGG